UACGUUUAUAAACCGCUUCAUCCACUAUUUGUUUCCUUAAAGCUUUUUGUAUAUUUUGCACUUUUUGAAAGUCGCUCUCGAUGAACGUAAAUGUAAACGUCAUGAUGCAAGAGCUAGCUAACACUCAUAACGUAACGUAACACAUUCACAAUGUGCCCUGUAAGGUUGCCAAUACCGAUUACACCACAGCAUUGGCCAAGUCUGGAUUCUGAUUGGUCAGAAGGUGUUGAUUAAGUUUCUAUAUCAGCAGAUCUGACAGUAGUGCCAGCUAAUUCUUGUCACAGGUUUAUAUUAAUGCUGGUGUUCUGAUACAUUAGCUAUGAUUUCUAUAGCAACAAUUCAUGCACAGGGACUUGUGUAGUGCAUGAUCUACAUAAUCUACGGCUAAUAAUAAAGGGAUUUAAAAAAAAAUUGUUAUUUAACAAAGGAACAGGUAAUCAUUGGUAUGGUGAAGCUUUCUGUAAGGAGGUAUUUAUUUUACAUUUAUGGAAGGAGUCUCCAGUGUCAGAGCUAAAGCUGUAACUUUUCCGACAUCUUCAGGACAGAGGAGUUUACGUUUUGCGCUUUCUCAGGAAGACAAGCCGUGUUUUUUUUUUUUUAAUAUUAUUUACUUCCAGGAAGAGAAUAAAGAGAGGCUGGUGAGGGAACGACUGUUUAUAGCUGCUAUGAAGUAAGUGAUAACAGGAAGUAACUUGUUCUACAACAUUAAAUGUAACUAUAACCUGAUAAAAAACAUUAACACAUUUUUAACAGUGCAGUCAGUGGUAAAUCACAGUGCUGUUAGAGGAAUAAAACACUUUGGGGCAUGCUGUUAUGGAAAAUAAUCCACUUCGGUGUGGUAAUUGUUGAUUAUUUUCCUGUAACAUGGAUUAUUAUUAUUAUUAUUAUUAUUAUUAUUAUUAUUUAAUUAGUAUCUCAGCUUAUAAAUUGUUAUAGUAUGAGUUUGAGUGUGAUAAGGGCUUGAUAUAGCUUAAAUAAAGUUUAUAUACAGUAUAGUUCACUAUUUUUCCAGGGCUGAUUUGUUUUGUUUUGCAGCGCCCUCUGCUGGCUGCAUCCACAUUAAGAUUAAACAGCGCCCCGGUUGCGGAAGUGACGUUGCUUAGUUACCGUCGCUAAGGAAACCCACUCAGUAUCCACUACUUAGCAAGCUGUGGCUGUGUAGUUAGCAGCGUUUUCGCUCUGAGUCUCUUUCUCUCACAUAAACCAGUGGAAAUGGUGUGUUGUUAUGUUUCCUCGCCGAGGCUGCGGGUUAAUUUGUACAAGUUUCAGCUUUAAAGACAGUGAUAGAGGGCGCAUCUGAAAAAAAAAAAAAAAGAAACAGAAGCUAACAAUGUACAGCCCAAAAGAACUGGAAGGGGAGGUCGAUCAUUCGUUCUUCGACAGCGACUGCGAUGUGAGCGGCACCAAGCCAGAAAAACCCGUCCACCAGGAGAAGGAGGACAGAGACAGCACUACUGAGAAGCUUCCCAACCAACCCGAAAACUCUCAAAUCGAGAGAAAGGUCGAGGAGUGUGGAAGCUCGAAGAUGGGAAAUAAAGAGACUGAAAAGGAGGAAUGUGGAGUAGAAACGUUAGAGAAAGAGAUGUACCGGCUUGAGGUUCAGAGCGGGUUGAUUGUGAAGGAUGGUUCUGAAUAUAAGGAGGAUAUCGAAAUCAGAAAAGAAGACGUUUCUUAUCAGGAAAGAGAAAAGGAGGAAACCAAAAAAAGAGAAGAUCCACCUGAAAGGAAGAAUAAUGUUAAAGCAGAAGAGGCAGCAUGUGGAAAAGAGGACUCUGACACCUCAUCCAGGAAAUCCUCGCCACUCCCUCGUUCUGACAUGUCCGAAUCAAGCCGUGGCAGCCAAUCAGACGACUUAUCCAGCAUCUGCUCCUCCUCCUCCUCCUCCUCCUCGGCAGCCGAGGAAGACGAUGCUGUUUUUAAAAACGAGGAUGACUGCUACCAUCCCUGUGAACCCGCCAAAAAGUCCACAGGCAAAUUCCGCAACAGGAGCCGUAGCCAUUCGUCGUCUUCUAGCGGUGGAGUGAGAAGCCCCACCCCCUUUUCCAAGCCUUCCAACACUCAGUCAACCUCAUCCCCAUGGCGACAGCCACGACCAGGAUCAGCCAAUAGGAAGCAAAGGCCCAAAACCUCAGAAACAGUCGAUUCUGACGAUACAGUGACAGACGUUACCCCUCUAUCCUCUCCGGACGUUAGUCCCCAACAGUCGUUCGACCUGGCCCCGCCCACUUCCACUGAAUCAACCCUACCUGUCCCACCUACUGACACCUUGGAAACUGUUGAUGGACAGCAGCUGGAUGCGAAGACGGAUGGAGAGGAACGAUCCGCCGUGCUGAAUGCAGGCGGGCAGCUGGACAGGGUGAUGCUCGUCUCCAGUCCCGGCAGCGCCUCCUUCAGCAGCAGCAGGAACAGUGCAAGCCGGCGCCGUAAGAACUACUCCUUCACCAGCGAAGAGGUACGACGCAUCGAGCACGAGAACCAGCGGCUCCUGUGUGAGCUCUCGCGCUCCUCCACCCGUUCUUCCUCUCGGUCCACCCACCGCUCCUCCGCACCGUCCUUCCGCCUUUAUCACAGCGCCGUCAACAGGCAGCGCGAGCAGCAGCGCAUCCAGCGAGAGAACCUGGCCUUUCUAAAGCGUUUGGAGUCAGUAAAGGCAACUCCAGGAAUGACCCGGAUAGAACAGCUAACAGACUACCAGCGCCAAGCCGGAUACCUUGGAAUACCUACACCUCUCGUCAGACCUGCAUCAGUUUCUCUCCCCGAUUUGGUCAUUUGCCAAUCCCCACCCACUAGCUGGCUCACACAAACAUCACACAAACAGCUACCAACCAGAGAGAGUGAAGGAAGAACCUCCAGAACCUGCAGGUCAACCAGUCCUCACAGAACCAGACCUGAAACUGCGAAACCCACCAGAGCCACAGCUCCACGACCGGCCUGGUCCUGAUCCAAACCUCAGCUCUAUCACAUGCGAAACCGCUCAAAUGCUUCCUGCAAUGCAGCGCCUCAGAUCUGGGUUGUGAGAAGCCGAGUUUCUGAUGGACCACUUUAAUGUUGUAAGUAGGACCUUCAUGACCAGGUGAUCGGCUAGUUGUAUGUUUUUAAUUAAGUGUAUGUUGAAGGAUUAAUAGAAAUGGUUGGUAGAAAAGGGAACUCAAUGAUGAACUUAAUCUUUGCACAUAAACCCAUUUUUAAAAAAAUCUGUCACCCUUCCAAAAAUUAGGAAUCAUUCAAAGCUGCAUCCUGAAAACCAGACUCGAUCAGAAAUUUUAUCCCAGGUUGCCUUUCCCAGAAUUUUCAUACCUAGUCAUUAUGUUCAGAAGUCUAUAGAGGCCAUGCAUUAAAAUUAUUUCACUUAUCGUCUUGACCUAACAAAAGUUUUCAUUCUUGAGCUCACUUGCUCUGCUUCAUAAGCUUAAAUCAUAGCUUUAAAUAUUAUAAAUAUUAGCUGACUAGCUAGCUAGAUAACAAAAGAUCUGUGUGGUUUAUGGGUAGCAAAAUUAGUGGAACAAUUAUUGGAUUUUUAAACAUUUUUCAAAUCUAGUCUAUUUGUUUACUUGGUUAUCUUAAUAGAACAAUCUGUUUUCACAAGAACACUGAAAAAUAAUAACUGAUGGCCUCUCUGGACUCCUGGAUAUAUGAUAUAUCACACUGAAUACUCUCUUUACCAUAUUAUGACAGUUUGUAUCUAUAUUUAUUUUACAAACCAGCACUUUGAAUGUUCAAGCCCCAUUUAAAGAAUUGACCCAAACUUUCUACCCCUGAAAGAUUUGGGUCGGUAAAACCACAUUAGUGGCUUUUCCUGUUCUCAGAAUACAUGCAGAUGACAAUCUACAUCAGCCAUUUAUUAAUUUUUAGAUCUGUGGAGGAGGUUAAGCCUUAUUUUGCUGGAUCAGGUGUUCAUUUCUCAGCUGUACAUUGCACUUGGUAACUUUAGAGAACUAAAAUGUAUUUAGAAUUGCUCCUACGCUCCUCUCAGAGCUACGUAGUCGAUGCCUAUCUACAGUACGCUUGCUUUCUUUGUGCCUGAAAUAGCAGUAGGCCUAAAUGAUUAACCUACAGAUGACAAUUUAUUGCUUUUACUGUUUACUGUAAUAAGAGCAUUUCAUCUGUGGUGUAAGAUUAAAGAUCAUUAAAUAUAAAUUAUAGACAUAUUCUAUAUUUGAUAUUGUCAAAUCUGAUUGUUGAAAUAAAAGUCUUUAAUUUCUUCCAUUGUAUGACACUUGAUACCACACACACACACACACACACACAUUGAUGCAAGUUAUUGAACUGUUACUAUGGAUGGCUUUGUCACUGCAAUACCGACAGUCCUGACCUUUUGGCGCUCAUUAACCUCCGCGCACUAAAGCAUGGAAGGACUCGCAUUGUUAUUGCAGGCAUGCCGUGACAGAGACCCAUCAACGACCUGUGUUUUAUUGCAUUGUCUUUGACGUGUGACCCUCAUUAAGUGCUUCUGUAAUCCCUGUUGACAACGUUAUUUACCUCAAAGCAAGGGUGAACCUAACUCACUUCUAGUGACUGUUAAAAUACUAAAAAUACUGCUUAUCUAACACCCACAGCAGUGCAAAUUUAAUAAGUGGGGUAUGAUUUUAAAUGAGAAGAGUCUAAAGAGAUAUUUCCUUAUGUCUAAAGUUUGCUAAUAUAACCAACAUGUAAUGGAAAUGUUUUUUUCUUUUUUUGUGAAAACAUACAUAUUAAUUGUAUUGUUGGCAUAAAGUAAUUUUUUUUGCCUUGUCUAUGUUGUCCUAAGGGAAUGUAAUCUUUUGCAUCCAACUGUAUACACUAUAUGGCCAAAGGUUCAUAGACACAUGACCAUCACACCCAUAUGUGGUUCUUCUUCAAAUUGUUGCCACAAAGUUGGAAGCACACAGAAUGUCUUUGUGUGCUGUAGCAUUACAGUUUCCCUUCACUGGAACUAAGAGGCCCAAACCUGUUCCAGCAUGACAAUGCUCCUGAGCACAAAGCGGGCUCCAUGAAGACAUGGUGUGUUAAGUUUGGAGUGGAAGAACUCGAGUGUCCUGCACAGAGCCCUGACCUCAACACCUUUGGGAUAAUUUGGAACGCCGAUUGCACCCCAGGCCUCUUCACCCAACAAUGGUGCCUUACCUCACUAAUGCUUUUGUAGCUGAAUGGGCAAAUCCCCACAGCCACGCUCCAAAAUCUAGUGGAAAGCCUUCUCGGAAGAGUGGAGGUUGUACUUUUGGCCAUGUAGUGUAGCUGUAUCAGCUCCAGAUCUACUGGAACCCCUUAUAAAUAUGGGCAAACGGUGGGUUUGCAAUUAAUUAGCUCAAAUGCACACAGAGAGUAGAAGAGAAAUCUAACCUAUAAUUAUAUUAAUUGUUUGUGGCUAUAAAAAUAACUACACACCUGGAACUGAAAUGAUUUUGGGUUAGACAAAACUUCAUUUCAUGUUAUCUACGUUAGCCUCAUAGCUCUAGUGCAACACUAAAUAAAUAAAAGUCAGACAGCAAACAUGUCUUUGCCGAUCGAGUAAAUUUGGUGUUAAGGAUUACAUCAUGUACAUUUGAGUUUUAUGCUAAACCACACUUAUAAUAUUCUGGUGCUGAUAAGUUCAGCAUACACAAGUACCAUUGUUGGAAUGCAGAUAUUUAAAUGUAGUUUUUUUUUUCUUUUCUUUUCUUUUCUUUCUUUCUUUCUUUUUGUAAUGUUUAACUUUGAUGCCGUGGAAAUACAAUAGAACCCUUUUUUGCAGCUAUCAGAGUAGAACUGUCGCUACAUUUGCCUGCUGAGAUAAAGAAAGCAACUGCAGGAAUAAUUUGUUUCUGAUAAAGAAAGGUUGAGACAAAAGCAUAAAUGGUAUUUUCAAGUUUAUUUUUAUUAAAAGAACACAAGAACUGUUGACUUUUCUGGUGUACAGGCACACAUUUCUUCCAUUAACAGGGCUCCCUGGCCCCAGAGGUGCUCAUGUUUUUUUUUUUUUCCUCAAUGGAACAAAUAUAAAUGAACCAAAACAAUCUUUGUAUACCAAGAGUAAUCAGAACUGAGAGGACAGUCAUA